GAGAGUCAGAGGUGAGACCAGAGCUGCAGCAUGUGUUGUUCCUGCUCUGUUAGAGGCUGGCUGCUUUUCUUCACAAUCCUACAAGUGCUCGAUGGCAUGACUUUCAUUGUCAUCCCUUGGAAGUAUUACAGGAGUAGUGAAAAAGACCUAGAUGAACGUCUGUCUCCAGUCAGACGGACUAUCUUCACAGCAGGUGUGGUGUCCUGUCUCAUUGGCAUUAUGGGUCUGCAUGGAGCUCGUAAGAAGAACAAGAAUAUCCUGACCACGUUUUCAGUUGGAUCUUGUCUUCGGUGCAUUGGACUGUGGUUUCUGGCCUACUACCUUCCACAUCAGCAUCAAAAUGUGAUGAAAGCCUGGCAUGAAGAGUACAUCCCAUUGCACACAAACGGAAGAGGUCUGGUACAAACAGUGGCUUCACUGCAAACCAUUGGGAAAUGCUGUGGAUUGGUCAAUGGGUAUGAAGAUUGGGGAUCUAAUGUCCCCUCCUCGUGUAGAUGCGAUCCUCUCCGACUAGAGUCCUGUGUUCUUACUGAGUAUGGCUUUGUUUACAAACAACCUUGUCUUGAUCUAGUUGUGAAGAUGUACAUGGACAUGAAUAUUGUGAGGAACACCUGUAUUUUCUACAUGGUCAUUACGGCCAUUGAAAUGCUUCUGGCGUUGGUAAUGAUCCGUAGAAUCCAAAAAGCCUCCUUGGCUGAGGUGACCAUGGAUCUUAGUUAUAGAAACACAACCAACAGGGAAAUGGCAACUACUCAAAAUCCUCCCAUGCUGCAUGCCGGACAAGCUCCUCCCAUGCUGCCUGCCACACAAGCUCAUCUUCACGCCAGCUCUUAUUACCCGCCACCACCUCCGUACCAGUACGAUGGGAAACACUAGAGGGACGUGACUGACCUGCAAACCCAUGUUGAAUUUCCUCAUUGGUUACAACUGGACCAGGGUUAGAUUUAAGGCUAGGGUUAAGUUUAGGGUUGGGGUCAGUUUGAGUGUUUUCCUUCUUUGGACUGCCAAUGUGUUGCACCCCAAUAUUCCUUAGUAAAGGCUGAGCACUUCUGUUAAUGUGAGACAAUUUGGAAGUUUGUGGGUUCUGGAAAUAACGUGGCCGAGUGAAGGGGUCCAUUGCAUUGUCAAACAAUCACCCACGUGAAGCACCAGUUUUCCUGUCUGGUAACUCCUCUAAUGUCAAAUAUACUUAUUUUCUAAAUACUUUGUCUCAUUUUCUAAAGUUCUAAACUUUAAUGUUUAAUUCAGUUGUCUAUUCAGUGACGUGUAUAAAGGGUUAAUGUUUUCAUGUUUCUUGUGGAGGUUGUCAGGGCUGGUAUGUUAGUUCCCAUCAUCCUGUUCAACAGUAUCAUGCCUCACAUGCAGGUACACGCAGUACGUGCAGAUGAGUGCUGUUAAAAAUACAAAACCACAGUACAUUGUUUCAGAGGACUGGAAAACAAUGCUUGUCGUGAGAAAUUAAACCACAAGAGUGUAGAUGGACCACACAAGGGUUUUCCAACUAUUGAAAAAGUCCCUUUGGUUUUACUCUGUUUAAAUGUAUGACUAUCUAACCAAACUGCACCCUCACAGAAGUGAUUAUUUGGGUCAUACUAAGAUGUAGGCCUGCAUCCUAAAUGGCACCCUAUUCCCUACAUAGUGCCCUAUGGGCCCUGGUCAAAAGUAGUACAUUACAUAGGGAAUAGGGUGCCAUUUUGGACACAGUCGUAGUCUGCGCGUGACCUAGGUGAGCAUUUGCAUGUUUUCCACUGAAGAAGGAAGUGAUUGACAUGUCGUUUUACCCCCAAAUAAAUAAGAAAUAAACCAAAUGUCAAAGGCGGGAUGACUCAUUAAGAAA